CCAGUAAAGGACUUAUGAAUAUUCGUAACUUGCCUAAGCCCAAAUCUCUCACUUAUGACUUGCUUGCAAAUCAUUUAUUGCAGGGCACCAGUUAUGUAUUGCUGGUAUUAAAGUAGACUGUCAUGCUGUCAUGGCUUACUUCAAACUGACAUGUUGCAGGGUAUGUCUUGACAUGUACAGGAUAGCAUGUAGUAUGACUUUGUUAUAAUUUGAUUGUCCAGUGAUUUUUAAUUUGUGGGUUAUAUUUUACUCCCAAAGCAAAGUUCUGUGGCAUCUCUGGAUUACUACCUGAGAAAUUUUGUGUGUCAUGUCGAAGAAACGCAAAUGGGAAGAUGACUAUGUUCGUUACUGGUUCACCUGUACAACGGAAGUUGAUGGAACUCAGCGCCCACAAUGUGUAUUGUGUAAGUCGGUAUUUUCAAAUGCUGACCUCAGACCAUCAAAACUGUCAGACCAUUUUAACAGACAGCAUGGUGGUAUAGCUGGACAUGAUCUCAAUAGCCUGAAGCAUAUGCCAACACCAUCUGAUCAGAGUGAAACCUUGAAAACAUUUGGAGUUCCAUCUAAUGAGGAUGCCUUAUUACAAGCAUCAUAUCAGUUUGCAUAUUUAUGUGCUAAGGAGAAGAAUCCUCAUACAAUAGCUGAAAAAUUAGUGAAACCUUGUGCACUGGAAAUAGCUCAAAUAGUUUUGGGACCAGAUGCCCAAAAGAAGCUUCAGCAAGUACCCUUAUCAGAUGAUGUGAUCCAUUCUAGAAUUGAUGAAAUGAGCCAGGAUAUCUUACAGCAAGUUCUAGAAGAUAUCAAAGCCAGUCCUCUUAGAGUGGGUAUUCAGCUUGCUGAGACAACUGACAUGGAUGACUGCAGUCAGCUAAUGGCAUUUGUGCGAUAUAUAAAAGAAAGAGAGAUCAUAGAAGAAUUCCUAUUCUGUGAACCAUUGCAGUUAACCAUGAAAGGAAUAGAUGUGUUCAGUCUCUUCAGAGACUUCUUUUUGAAGCAUAAGAUAGCACUUGAUGUUUGUGGCUCUGUUUGUACUGAUGGUGCCUCCUCUAUGCUAGGAGAAAAUUCAGAAUUUGUUGCCUGUGUGAAAAAAGAGGUACCUCAUAUUGUGAUCACACAUUGUUUGUUGAACCCUCAUGCACUUGUCACAAAGACAUUACCUGCAAAGCUGAAGGAUGCUCUGUUUACUGUGGUGAGGGUAAUAAAUUUCAUCAAAGGGCGAGCUCCAAAUCAUCGCCUUUUUCAGGCUUUCUUUGAAGAAAUUGGUAUAGAAUAUAGUGUCCUCCUUUUCCAUACUGAAAUGAGGUGGCUUUCCCGAGGCCAAAUACUUACUCAUAUUUUUGAAAUGUAUGAAGAAAUAAAUCAAUUUCUUCAUCACCAAAGCAGUAAUUUAGUUGAUGACUUUGAAAAUAAAGAGUUUAAAAUUCACCUAGCAUACCUUGCAGAUUUAUUCAAACACCUAAAUGAACUUAGUGCCUCUCUGCAAAGGACUGGGAUGAACACAGUAUCAGCCAGAGAGAAGUUAUCUGCUUUUGUUAGGAAGUUUCCAUUUUGGCAAAAACGAAUCGAGAAAAGAAAUUUUACCAACUUUCCUUUUCUUGAAGAAGUAAUUGUUUCAGAUAAUGAAGGAAUAUGCAUUGCAGCUGAAAUAUCACUGCAUCUCCAACAGUUGAGCAACUUCUUCCAUGGGUAUUUUUCUGUUGGAGAUCUUGAUGAGGCAAGUAAAUGGGUACUGGAUCCAUUUCUUUUUAAUCUCGAUUUUGUUGAUGAUGGUUAUUUAAUGAAAAAUGAUCUUGCUGAAUUACGAGCUAGUGGCCAAAUCCUAAUGGAAUUUGAAACAAUGAAGCUUGAGGAUUUUUGGAGUGCUCAAUUCACAGUGUUUCCAAACCUGGCAAAGACAGCUCUAGAAAUCCUUAUGCCAUUUGCAACUACAUAUCUUUGUGAGUUGGGAUUUUCAUCACUUUUACAUUUUAAAACAAAGUCCAGAAGCUGCUUUAAUGUUAGUGAUGACAUUCGUGUGGCUAUUUCAAAAAAAGUACCUCGUUUUUCAGACAUCAUUGAACAAAAACUACAGCAGAAGUCGCUAUAAGCUGAUAUACUUUUUUAAUGUGUAAUUUUUAAUAUAUUCUUACUACCAUCGUAAAAUUAAGCUGUAAUUCUGUUUCUUUCCUUUUAUAUUUAUGGUAUACUGAAUUCUGUGCUUAAAAAAUUCAGCAAUUUUAACUUUAAUGAGGCAUGUGAAAAUAUGUUUUAAGAAGGAUACAAAUAGAAAAGAUUAAAUACCACUGCUAGUUGAUACAUAGCAUUUUUCUAAUUCUGAGUAUCUGUUUAACCUUUUGAUGCAAUACAUUAAAAAGAUACCCAAGCACUAGAAUAUCCAGCUAAUGGUACAAUAGGCUAGGAAUUGAGCCAAGAGAAAAAGAGAAGACCUCCCAGAAGUCAAAGGACAAAAUGACAGUGAGUCCACCUGUCUUCGUAAGGGUUGUUAUGGGGAGGUUAAUGAAAUUAGAAGAGGAUUAUGAAAUAUUACAGUGGAAGAAGGGAUGAUCUAGCUUAUGUAAGACUCAUUUUUAACUGUACUCUUUGGAGUUGAUCUCACAAUGUCCACUCCCCUAGUUCCCAUGCUUUAAAUACUAUAUUAAUAAAUAUCCUGAUAUCAUAUUA